AUGCUCAACGCAGACCCUCAACGCGAAACACCCUUUGAGCGUAUGAAAUCCUCCAUCGCCGAGGCAAUGCAACCCGGAGACACAAAAUCAACCCUCCACCGUCUCCCACCAGACGAGCAGGAAUCAAUCCUCCCACUGAAAGAGGAUGAGAAACCGCUUUACGGGCAGAGACAGAGUACUGAGUUUUCUGGUAUUGGAUCUAGUAGUUCUGCGGGAGCGACGACUAGUAAGAAGGAUCAGGGGAUGAUGGCUUCGGCGGGUGAAAUGGUUGGGAAGGCUUUGGGGAGGAAGUAA